CACUCAAUUUCCAUGACAACAAUAAUACCUGCAGACCUCAUCACUCUCACUUAACGUAAAGCUAACGCCAUUCUCUCUCCUUACUUUCCCCUCUUAAAGCUCAAUCUUCCAUUCUACUAUCUCUUUCAUAUUCCCUUCUCUUUUCUUCCUCAAAAAACCCCCCAAAAUUCUCCAACUUUUCCCUAAAACUAUUCGAAAAUCUCAUAAACCCAGUUCAAUUUCUUCCUCAAAUACUCCAAUUCUGCAAUAAUUUCACAACCCCAGAACCUAAAACUUAAGAAUUUUAGGUCCUAAAAGUCAUGAGAGACAGAGGAAAAAGAGAGCUUGAAGCAUAUAAUAACAACAAUAAUGGAGAAGAUUAUAGUAACUUUGUUGGUGAAAACAAUUAUUUCCCAGAAUUUCCAUGCAAAAAACACCCAAAUUCAUCAUUUUCUUCUUCUUCUGCAGGUGGGAUUUGUGCUUAUUGUCUUACUGAUAGACUAGCUCAACUAGUUUGUCCACAAUGUGGUGAGCAAAGGCUUUCUUCCUAUUGUUCUUGCUCUAGUAAUCAUCAUAAUAAUAAUACUAAUAACUUCUUCACUAGCUAUGAUACCUCCUCUUCCUCCACCACCACGGCCGAUGUCGGAAGAAUCUCAUUCUUGCUUGAGAAUGACAAGAGUAGUGAUGAGAUCUCGAGUUCGAGACCGAAAACCGGCCGGAAAUCUUAUAGUAACAACCAUGAUGAGUUCACACAUCUUAGGAGAAGCAAUAGCAUUUCUACUGCUGCUGUGAACAACAAUAAUAAUAACAAUAAUAAUAAUGGGUCAAGACCAGAAACAGGUAAGUUUUGGAAGAUUGGGAGGUUGUUUAGGAAAAAGAAAGACAAGAACAACCACAGUAACAAUCAUUACAACAAUGUUAAUGUUGAGAGUAGUAAUGUUAAUAAUAAUGAGGAAAAUCAUGAGUGUAAUGGGGUUUCGAGAUCAAGAUCACUUUGCAGUUUCAGGGGAUUUUAUGAUACUGAUCAAGAAAAUGGAGGAUUUGCAGUUUCAUCUUCAUCAGCUGCAAGAGCUUCGAGUGUAAGCACCGGGAAUUUCGUCUUGGAUUCAGCGAAAAUGAGCUGUUUUAGUGAGUCUGAAGCAAGAAUGAGCAACUUUGAUUACUGUGAUGCUUCUAAUUUCAUUGGUACAAACAAGAGUAAUAUAUUCUCAUUCAAGGAGACUGAGUUUGUUAGUAGUGAAGAUCACGCUUUCAUUGAUUUGAAGCUGCAUGAUAUGUCGUCAGAAACCUCCAGAGGGCCGCCUGAUCUUGCUGCUAUGAGGAGGAGUGGCCUUGGUUUAUCUACCAAGGAAUACGGGUAUCGAGGCGGAGGUGGUGGUGGUGGUGGUGAUGUUAUGGGGCAUCAUGAGAUGUUAAGAAAUGGUGGAGGGUCUUGUAGAAUUAGUAGUGUUAGUGAGAGGGAAUUGAGGAAAUGCAGAAAGAGUUACAAGGUUUGGAAAUGGUUUUCUAGGCAUCCGAAUAAUUCUGACAAAUUUGAUGAUGAUCAUGCUUUCAAUUCAUGAGAAUUAAUUCAUGUGUUCUUAAUACUUUCCUAGUAUCAUUUCUUUUCUUUUUUUUUUUCUUUUUUUUUUAAUUGUUUAAGUUCAUUUGGAAGAAAAUGAGGUAAUGUAGCUUUAUGUUAGAUGAAGAAAAUGCUAAUUUUACAGCAACAAUCAAAGGGGAUUUCUGUUCUUAA